AAAGAUGCCCGGAAUGUGAUUUUGCCAUGGGCUAAUCCUUGUGUAAAGUGGAUUUUUCUCGUCAGCUAGCCGUGAGUGCGCGUGGGUGGUGGCAGACCCGGCCAUCAUUGACGUCGGUGUCGGAGCCUCGUCCAUUCGGCGAGCUUAUAAAACGGCUGCUGAGAGGCCCCGUUUGUGCAAACCAAAACCAUCCAUCUCAGAUCAGAAGCAACCUAAUCAAGAAAGAAGAGCAGCACAGAGCCGUGUUUAAUCACUCAUCACGGACCGAUGGCGUUUCUGGGAGGAUCAUUGCGCGUGACGAGAAGCAUUGGCAGCCGGAAGACGACGAAGGGGAAGAGCCACGGCGGGUCGGGGUCGUGGCGGCAGGCGCCGGCUCCCGUGAGAGAGCUGUUCUGGAGGGUGAGGCGCGUCGUGCUACGGCCAAAGCGCCGCGCCGUGAGCUUUGGGUACGACCUCAAGAGCUACUCCCAGAACUUCGAUGAUGGCCUCGUCCCUGCCCAUCGCCUCUAGCUAGCCACACCCGCAGGGUCUUCUUCUUCUUCUUCUUCUUCUUCUUCUUCUUCUUCUUCUCCUCAAUUUUACUUGCCGCCAGGCCGGAACAAGGCUCGAGGCUGGAGAGUUUGAAGCGUCGUCACGUUGUGAUUUGCUCCUCCUCUAGUUCAGCCACGAGCGUAUACUAGACAGUACUGUUCAUACACAAGUUGCUUACUGUUGAAAGUCUGAAACUGACAAUGAAAUGUCAGUGUACAAAGAGAUUUAGCAAAUAGAUUGGAAAUUCUGAUUAAA